GGCACAGCCACAACCUUGGCACGAGUAUCCCGCCAUCACCAAAAAAAGAAACCUAUCAAUCCCCUGAAAACCGGCGACCGACCACUCCAUCGCUCGAGACUCUGCAUUUCCUUCGACUUGUAUCGCGUCCGGGUUUUUAUUCUUUAAUAUAUAAUUCGUCGGGUGUGGAACACGCCGUAGUGCCUCCUAUCCACGGCUCUCGUCCUCUUGACCGUAUCGCCCUCUCAGCAACUUCCCGAUACCCUGCCUCCUGUUGACUUGUACUGUACCCCCCCGGCCUUGGCUUUUCGCGCGAUUUCUUACCUCCAUCUCCGUACCGUGCAUUCUUUCGCUGAGCCUCAUCCUUACCACCUCCCAUCGCACACACGCCUCGGUGCCUACAUCGCCACCGCUAUCCAUCACAUUCUACCUUUCCCAGCAUGGGCGUUAUCAAGAAGAAGGCCGCUAACCCGGGCCGUGUCGAGCCUGGCGUGCGUUACCAUUGUGACGUUUGUAACGGCGACAUCACCUUCACUGUCAGUAACUCUAAACCUAAUGUGGUGCCAGCGUUGUCGCAACCCUCUCUCUGUAAUGUGACCGUCUCUUCGUGUACUUACAUCGGUAUCAUGUCUAGGUUCGGAUACGCUGCGCUAACUCUCUCUGCACUGAUUACGAUCUCUGUGUACCAUGUUUUACGUCUUGUGCCUCCACUAAUAACCACAACCCGGCAACCCACCAAUAUCAGGUCAUCGAGCAACACUCCUACCCCAUCUUCACGGCAGACUGGGGAGCGGACGAGGAACUCCUGCUGCUCGAGGGUGCAGAAACUUACGGGCUUGGGUCAUGGGCGGACAUCGCGGAUCAUAUCGGAGGUGGGCGGGAUAAAGAAGAGGUCAAGAAGCAUUACCUAGAGACUUAUAUCGACUCGCCCAGGUUCCCAUUACCCGAGCAUGCCGACCCAGCCGACAUGACAUAUGCUAGCGUUAGCAGGGAAGAAUUCCAGGCACGAAAAAAGCGCCGCAUUGAUUUGAGAAAGAAGGAAGCUGCCGAUAGUGUGCCCACCGUUCCUAAGAAGAAGCCGACCACAUCGCAGCCUGCCUGUCAUGAGAUUCAAGGAUAUAUGCCCGGCCGAAUGGAAUUCGAGGCCGAAUGGGAUAAUGAAGCGGAGAUGGCCGUCAAAGACCUGUUCUUUGAACCUGGCGAGGGGCUUAAUCCAAUUACCGGCGCUGUUGAACCGGAGGUUGACCUUAAGUUGACAGUGAUGGAUAUCUACAACAACAAGCUUACCCAACGCGCUCAACGGAAAAGAGUUAUGUAUGAGCACAAUCUGCUGGACUAUAGAAAGAACUCUGCCAACGAGAAGAAGAAGCUGAAGGAGGAACGUGAGCUUCUGAACAAGGCCAAACCCUUUGCUCGGAUGAUGAACAAGGGGGAUUUUGACGAUUUCACCGAGGGGCUCGUGAACGAGCAGUUGCUCCGACAAGCGAUUUCUCAGCUUCAGGAGUGGAGAAGAAUGGGGAUUGAGUCGUUGGAAGCGGGGCCGAAAUAUGAAAUGGAGAAAGCGCAGAGAGUGAAUACCUCAUUCGUUGGUGCUUCCCACAAGAAGGUGGCUAAUGUGUUGUUUUGCAGAGCGAGGUGCUUCGGAACAAACUUGCUCCACUAGAUCGCCUGGCUCAUAGAUAUGCCUCGAAGGCUACCCCCCCCGUGGAAACCCCGCCGGUUAACCCAUUGGUAGCACCGAAGGCUCAUUUGACAUCAGCACCGCAGGAACUGGCUGCGCUGUCGCCAACACCUGCGAACAAUGUUCCAACUUCGCCCUCUCCUGUGGUGGUGAAUGGAUUGGUGAAGAAGAAUAUUGCGAACGGCUUAAAUGCUACGAGCAAUGUUAAUGGCACUGGCAACGGUACAACAAUCGCACCCUCGUACCCGCCGUUGCACUUGUCGAAUGAGAACGCUGCAGACCUUCACCUCCUUACAUCCGCAGAGCAGCAGCUCUGUGAGACUUUGAGGAUAAAACCGAAGCCAUAUCUCUGCAUGAAGGAGAUAUUGAUGAAGGAGGCCAUGAAACAUGGUGGUGUACUCAAGAAGAAGGCUGCUAGAGAUCUUUGCCGCGUAAGCGCCUACACAUACGUUGGUGGUGACAAACGAACUGACCCCAUGGCAGAUUGAUGUUAAUAAAGUAUCCAAGAUUCAUGACUUUUUCGUCUCCUCCGGGUGGAUAGGCAAGGCCUAGUUGCCAUCACAACAAAAGAAACCUUGAUGGCCCGAGUAAGGCGAUUUGAUUGCUUUAAAUUUCAUAACUUGAUUGCGCUUUGCACAGUAGCCUAAGAUUUUCCUUCUAACAGCCCGGUAGGUUGCCGCACAGAGCGUAGGGGCAAGUUUGCAACAUGGGGGCCUGGGUGCUAUCGCGAUACUUUCAUCCUUUUUUCUAUACCCCCUUCGAUGGGUCUGGACGGUUGGACGGAUGGGCUACCUUUUUCUUUUCGUCUUGUUAAAAGUUUUCUCGACUUCUACAUAAACCUCUUUAAACAGUGUAUACAGUUUUUCACUUGCCCCCCUCUUUUCCCUUUCCCUCUCUUCUCUUUCUGGGUGGACAUUGUUUAUGGUCAUUCCUUUCUCUUCUAUAUUUUGUUAGUGCUGCUUGAUUAACUUACUGAAAGUGGGCCUUGUCCAGCGGGUAUGGGUGAUGGGUGAAGGGGAGUUGGCCUUUUGUCUUUUACAUAGUUGGAGUUUAGUCGUGUUCGAGCCCUUUGGUUUUUGUUUUCACUUUUUUUAUGGGAUCAAGCAAUGGCUGAUGGAUUGUUUCGACCUGGACUGUACUGUACUAUUACAUCUCAUACUAGGGGGUGCGGUUCCGAUAUUUUCAAGUGUCAUAGGCAAAUGCCCAAGUAGAACAAAGUGAUACUAGGAGGUGAACAAGAUUGGGCUGCAAAGCACAUCUUACACAGACUGCUAUGAUACCAUCCCGCACAAAGCUCGCCGGGUCUCCCCGGGUCUCCCCAAGGUUGUGGUCUCGGAACAUCCCGUCUUGGCGCAAAGCUUCCUCCAUGAUACU